AGGGCGGACUACUGGAAAUCGAAUGACAGAAAGUACUGUGACUAUUGCAAAUGCUGGAUCACCGACAAUAAACCGAGUGUUGAAUUUCACGAAAAAGGUCGAAAACAUCAAGAAAAUGUCAAAAGAAGGCUCAAUCAGAUCACGAGGAACAGCGCAAAGGCGCAAAGAGAAUCCGAAAAAGUUGACAGUCAGAUGCGCCAGAUGGAGGCUUUAGCUCUAGCUGCGUACAGAAAAGACGUUGCCAAUAAUGCUGAUAUGACCUCGGUAGCGAUAAAUAACAAAUUGAAAGAAGACAAUUUGGCUAUUAGCAGUGGUAGUAAAAAGGUUUGGAAAGAGGCGAAGAGUAAGGAUGGAAAUUUUUACUAUUGGAACGUUUUGACAAAUGAAACAAAAUGGGAAAAACCUGAAGAAGGCUACUGCAGCAUAGAAGAGCAAGACAAAGAAAAAUACGACGAGGGUUCAAAACAAUUGAGAGCACUGGAAAAACAAAGACAAAGGGAAGGUUUGAUGAGAUUACAACAACAAAAAAGGGCGGACGAUGAGGAACGAGCCAAAAAAGCGCGGGAAAAACUGAAAGAACGAGCCGUCAAAAAUGACGAACCAGAACCGGUUUACGGGCCUAUUAUAGAACCUGGAAAAAAUGACCCGUACGGAAAAUGGCACACUGUUAAAGAAUCUGCACCUCUGGAAUUGGAUUUACCACCCCAAAACGAUUAUUACGUCCCUGUAAUAGAAGUAGAACCAGAACCUGUGGUAAAAGAAUUUAAAGAAAAAACAGUAAGCAGUCUUGAAGGUGGUGAAACAUCAUUUAAAAAACGUAAAAUACCUGGCGGGGCAAAAAGAAACACCCGACAACGAGUAGAUGAUGAUUAA